AUGUCGGCGAUGAAAAAAUGGCUGCAAACGGAUGAUCCUUGUAGUGGUGAAGAUCGAAUGGAUACGGUAAAUGAGUACAACCUUCACAUUGGUUAUCAAUUCCACGGAAGCUAUUUCAAGAAAACAUUCAACAAAUUGUAUUAUUGUAAGUGGACAGCAAUUAAGGGAUGUUUAAGCGGAGAUAAUCAGGUUCCUGGUAGUUCUACAUUCGGAAGCACAGAAAGCGUGGCGACAACCGGUCGACGAAGCGAACUGAUCGAAUUUGUUAAUUCAGUACCAAUCCUUCACAACUACGAUGAUGACGUCACAAUUCGUUUUGAACUGUAUGCUUUCUCAUUUAAUUCAUAA